AGGCAAUUCGAAAAUUGCUUUUCUUGGUUGUCAAAUUCUCUCAUAAUUCCACUCUUUUUCUCUCUCUCUCUCUCUCUCUCUCUCUCUCUCCACAAAAAGGUAUAAACCCCUUUAAGCCAAUUUAUACUCUUUUCUCCCUCUGUGUGUGCGCGCGCGACCCCCAAUUCUCUUACACAGCUUUUUACCAAAUUGAAUUCUCUACUGGAUUCCAUUAGGUAUAACAUUCUUGGCAUUCUAUGUUGAUAAUACCAUGCAGCUAUAUCAUCAUGCUUUUUCCUUGGACAGCCAGAAGGUGAGACUUACUUUGGAGGAGAAAGGUAUUGAUUACACGUCACAUCAUGUGAACCCUUUGACGGGCAAGAACAUGGAUGCAUUUUUCUUCAGUAUGAAUCCAAGUGCGAAAGUUCCUGUAUUCCAGAAUGGUUCUCACAUCAUAUAUGAUACAAUUGAGAUAAUUCAGUAUAUUGAAAGAAUCGCAGAAAAAGUGUCGUCUGGCGGAAACAAUCUGAACCUCAGCAGCAGAGAAGUUGUCGGAUGGAUGCAUAAAAUACAAGAAUGGGAUGCAAUGUACUUUACCCUUUUCCAUGUCCCUGAGAAGUAUCGGCUAUGUGUUUCUAAAUUCUUGAGACGUGUAAUAAUUGCCCGAAUGGCUGAAUCUCCCAACUUAGCAAGUGCUUACCACUGUCAGUUACGACAGGCAUAUGAUACGGACGACAAGUUGAAGAACGCUGACGUUUUGAGACGAAGUGAAAACCAUCUAGUAAGACUUCUUGAUGAAGUGGAACUCAAACUUGGUGAAACAUCAUAUCUAGCCGGGGAAGAGUUCAGUCUAGCUGAUGUAAUGCUCAUUCCUGUUCUAGCUAGAAUAGAACUCUUGAACUUGGAAGAGUACAUAAACAGUCGUCCAAACAUAGCAGACUAUUGGGUGUUGGUUAAGCAAAGACCUAGUUAUAAGAAGGUGAUUGGUAAGUAUUUUGAUGGAUGGAGAAGACGAAAGACACUGCUGAAAACAUGGUGCUUCAUCCGUGUCAGAAGCAUGCUUCGAAAAUAUUGAGAGUUCAAUGUUGGAGAAGACAAGCACUUAUCUAGUGCAAUACAACUCUUUUCCUUUUCUUGCCGUCCAGUUUAUUGUCUGUCUUUGUUUUUUGGGAAGGAGGGGAGAACUCACAGCUGCAUAGUACAACAAUAAUUGUUAAGAUGGUACUAUAUUGUACUUCGUUUCUGUUUGCACUUUUUUGUAACCAGAAAGAAAGUCAUUUGCAAUUGUUAAUAUAUAUGAAAAGUUGAACGUUUGAUCA